AUGGUAUCCUUUAGCUCGCUUGUCACCGCCGCAGUGGCCGCUACUGGCGCUCUCGCUGCUCCUGCGACCGAUUUGGCUGCCCGCUCUUCUGGAGACCUUGUCGCUCGCCAGAGCACUCCUUCGUCGACUGGAACUCACAACGGCUGCUACUACUCGUGGUGGACUGAUGGUGGUUCAAAGGUCACCUACACCAACGGCAAUGCCGGUAGCUACAGCGUUAACUGGCAGACCGGCGGAAAUUUCGUUGGUGGAAAGGGCUGGAACCCUGGAUCCGCCCGGACUAUCAGUUACUCCGGCCAGUACAAUCCUAACGGCAACUCGUACCUUGCCGUUUACGGCUGGACCCGCAACCCCUUGAUCGAGUACUACGUUGUCGAGAACUUUGGUACCUACGACCCGUCUUCGCAGGCCACCAACAAGGGCACCGUCACUUCCGAUGGCUCAUCCUACAAGAUUGCCCAGUCAACCCGUGUCAACCAGCCAUCUAUUGAUGGCACCAGGACCUUUGAGCAGUAUUGGUCUGUUCGCCAGAACAAGCGCUCCAGCGGAAGCGUCAACAUGAAGACGCACUUUGAUGCGUGGGCCAGCAAGGGCAUGAAGCUCGGCGCCCACAACUAUCAGAUCGUGGCUACUGAGGGUUAUAAAUCUAGCGGUAGCGCUUCGAUCACUGUCCAGUGCCCGUAA